CCUUAAGACUGAACCUCAGAUGAUUUCCCUGCUAAGGUCAAAUAUAUUAUGACGGCAUGAUUGGCGAAUCUUCUUAAAAAAUCCUUGGGUGCCAGUUCAAAAACAAAUAAUUUCUGUAGUCUGAUUACUGUCAACAGUUAGCUUCCUUUUCUUGCAGGCACUUUAGAAAUUUGAUCCAGUGUUCUGAACUUUCGCUUCCCUGUCGAGGGAUGCUUUGAAUUUUGAGGAACUAUAUUGCUACUAGCUGCUGGUGACACUAAACGAGCACUGUUUAUCUUCUAAGGUCGCAGCUUGAGGUGAGCUGGUACUUAGUUCUAAUUGGCGAUUUGUAAUUGGUUGAUAUGUAACACAUGACCGUAGCGCGCCAUUUUUAGUCCAGCAAAAUCAAAAUGGCAGUCUUGAAGAACAUAAAUCUUGUGUGUUCCGCUUGUUUCAUUUUGUCGCCAAAAUGUAGCGUUUAAAGAGGAUCGAGUUGCGGUAUUCCUUUCGUAAGGUUAUAGAAUGCGGAAUGAAAAAUUCCAAAGUGGGUCAAGCUACGUUGUUCCAGAGUUGGGGACGACCAGCUCAAUCUAUCUCGUCGAGAAGUACAAAUUCGAAUAAGCCCGAAGCAAACAAAAGUCAAGCCCAUCACGACGCUGUAGAUUUGAUAGAGUUGGGAGAUGAUGAUGACGAUGAAGAAUUGCUGGCUGCUGCAGAAGGAAUGUUUCCUUUCGACAACGUUACGUUUGAAGCUAAAUACUGUGGGGACCAGGAAGUGAACGGCAAUAACAUCACCGAGAAAUCCGACGAAGUUGAAAUGAUCCCUGGUUUUGAUGUCGAAGCUGGAAACGUUUGGAUUUACCCGACAAAUUAUCCUAUAAGGAAUUAUCAGUUCGAUAUUGUUGAGAAAGCUCUUUUUAAGAACACUUUAGUUACUCUGCCAACCGGAUUGGGAAAGACUUUCAUUGCUGCUGUUAUAAUGUACAACUUCUAUCGAUGGUACCCACAAGGAAAGGUUAUAUUCAUGGCUCCCACUAAACCACUGGUUGCACAACAGAUUGAAGCUUGCUUUAAAAUCAUGGGUAUUCCGCAGAGUGACACAGCGGAAAUGACCGGAAACAUGACUCCUAAUAAACGGCAGUCCUUGUGGAAGACGAGAAGAGUCUUCUUUCUAACUCCACAAGUUGUGCAAAAUGAUUUGAUUCGUGGAUCUUGCAAAGCAGAAGAAGUUGUCCUGCUUGUUGCCGAUGAAGCUCACAAAGCUCUUGGAAAUCAUGCUUACUGUCAGGUUGUAAAAGAAAUCUCUGGCUAUAACAGGAAUUUUAGAGUUCUUGCUCUCAGUGCAACACCUGGAGAUGAUCUAGAGGCUGUCCAACAAGUCAUCACUAACCUCUUGAUUUCGCACAUGGAGCUGCGCUCUGAAGAGUCCCCUGAUAUUCAGCCUUAUACACACAGCCGGCAGGUAGAAAAAGUGGUUGUCUCACUUGGGGAAGAUAUUGCUAAAGUUAAGAGUUCAUAUCUUAAGAUCCUAGAAGCCAUUGUGGGCCGUCUGUUUUGUCAACGAGUGCUGUGGAACAAAGAUCCUCAGCGUGUCACUAAAUUCAUGCUGUUGACUGCAAGAGAUCAGUUCAGAAAGAGAAUGAAUGAACAAGGCGGAUAUGAUCGCAAUCGACUGGGACAAAUUGAAGGGGACUUUGCCAUGUGCAUCAGCCUGUACCACGCGUAUGAGCUCCUACUCCAGCAUGGCAUAUUGUCAUUCUACAACUUCAUUAAAGCCAUCAUUGACGGAACCAGAGGAAUGGCGCGCGCCAAGGCUGAAAUCAUCAAACACAACGAGUUUACACACCUGAUGGAUGAAUUACGAGAGGAAAUUGAACCUCCGAUGGAAAACAGUGCGAAUGACAGCCUCCUUUUUUCGCAGUUUUCACCAAGAAGUCGCGCGCUCAUGAAUGUUCGAAAACCGAGCACUACAUUUAAGAGUCACCCCAAGCUCUUCAAACUUAAAGAAAUCGUGCUUGAACACUUUGAGAAGUUCCAGGGAGAGAGCGACGAGAACUCGACGGGCGUAGCUACUCGUGUGAUGAUAUUUUCGCAGUACAGAGACAGUGUGAACGAGAUAGCGGCCUUGCUAUCUUCUCAUAAGCCUCUGGUGCGAGUGAUGAGUUUUAUUGGACAGCAAACAACUGGAAAGAGUAUCAGAGGACUUUCACAGAAAGAACAGUUGCAGGUUGUACAACGGUUUCGUCAAGGAGGGUACAAUACAUUGGUAGCCACGUGCGUUGGCGAGGAGGGACUGGACAUAGGCGAGGUCGACCUCAUUGUGUGUUUUGAUGCGCAUGCGUCGCCCAUACGCCUCGUGCAGAGAAUGGGGCGAACAGGAAGGAAAAGAGACGGUCGGAUAGUUGUUCUCGUGACUGAGGGCAAAGAGGAACAGGUUUACAUGAAAAGUCAAAGAAGUAAAAAGUCUAUUCACAAAGCUGUCGCCCAGGCUACGAAAUCAUUUGAUCUCUACUCGGACAAUCCCCGGAUGGUGCCACAGCAUAUUGUUCCGUCUGUGCUGAAAAUGGAGAUGACUGUUGGGAAGUUUAUAGGUCAGAGCAAAGGGAGAAAGAAGGGAAGGCCUGCAGAAGGAGCUGACAUCAAAAAAUUCACAUCUAAAACAGGAACAACCACAUCAAAGAAAGACAACGGUCUCCUGACAUACGAGCAAUUAGUUUACUGGCAAGAACACUUUCAACUUCCUAACCACGAGGCUGGCUUGUCACCACAACUAGCAAUUACUAAAAAAUCGAAGCGUUCAUCGGCAGGGAGUAGAAAAUCUAUCAUACAACCCUCUUUGACGGAGUGGCUUCCUUGGCAGACCACACUGCAGCCCGUGAAAGCCGUUGCGCAUUCCCGACGCACAGAACAUUUUGUUGAACUGUUGGAAUUCACUGAGCUUCAUGGUGGCGGAGGAGUUGACGAUGAAAGCUAUGAUCUGGAAAUGAUGUCGUUUUUGAACGAAGAGGAUAUCAUAAAACCGGGGCAAAAAGAUGGCGGUGACAAGAUAAGUGUUUUGCCUGAGAAUGGUGGUACUGUUUGCGAGGAAAGCGAAGGCAGGAGUAAGGUCACCGAGAAGAAAGGCAAGAAGACGCGAAAAAAGCUUGAAAUGGAAGAUGGACCUGAUUUGCAAGUUGGUGGAAAGCAUCAGAACAAAGGAGAGAAUUCAGUUGGUGAUACUAGUGCAAAGAACUCGAAGAUCAGUGGCACAAAGUUGAAGAAGCUCUCACCGAAAAACAAAGCUCGUUGGAAGGCGUUUCUGAAGCAGUUUGAUGACCAAGUAGAUGAAGAUUUCCAAACGGAUGGCAUGAAUGUGGCUUUAGGGGAAGACGAAGACAACGAAGCUAGCAAUUGUCUCCAAGUACAAGCUGGUUAUACACUGAUGGGGGAUUUGCCUGAUGUGGGAGAACAUUGGGAACUUGACAAAAAUCCUUCAGAAGCUAAUCAUGAGGGAGAAAGCGUCGGCGACAAGAAAGAACUAGAAAAAAUGGAAGAUAUUCGAGAUGGUGAAGGCAGUGACCUCUCCGAUGCAGCCUCUGAUGAAAUGACGAGUGUUUUUCCCAGUGUAACUCCCCAGUCACAAGAAAUCAGGCCCCGUUUUCUUCCUCAGAAAAAGAAAUUUUCACCCACAGUCGACGUCGUGCCAUCGCCACCCAACUUAGACGCUUUAGACAAAAUGAGUUUGUCGUCUGAGAGCUCAGAAUUGAAUGACUUUAACAACGACAUGGAGGAGAUCCAGAGAAAAUAUUUUGGAAACCUGCGCCGUUCAGGAGCUGAUUUGUCGAGAGUUUGUGCGGAAAAUGACCCUCUGGAGGAACCAUUUCUUAUGGCUGAUUUUCUUGACACGGAGGUUGUCGAAAGUAAGGCCGUGAAAAAUGGUGGCGAAGAGGAGAAAGCUUUUGUAACCUUAUUUCCCAACACAAAUAAACCUUACACUGAUCAGGCUAUCCAGCAAAAAAUGCAUAAUUUGAUUUGUGCAAACCCAAAUUCCAGACAUGACACAGACAUGGUUGAAGAGCAAGAUGKAGUUGCUGCGAAGAAAAAGAUUUACACACGGAAGGUCUCAAUGAGCGCGCGCGGAAUCUUGAAAAGUUCUUCGUCAGACUUGUGGAGUAACGUAUCAGAAAAAGGAGCAAAUGAUUCUGACAAAGAGGAGACAGAGUAUGCUGAAGAUUUUUUCAUGGACGCGGCAGAUGAUGAUGUCCUCACAGAUAAAACGCUACCUACAGAUGGAAACGUUCAUGAAAAGUGCGCCAAAGAUGUCAAAAAGAGGCUUGGGGACGAAGACUUGUCACCGGGAAGUGGACAUGCGAGAGAAGAAUCGUACAAGAAAGACAACUACGCAGCUAAGAAGUGUGAAGCUACGUUGGGCAUUUCGGAGCGCGCUGGUGAACAAUUUUGUACGGCAGGUUCUUCAGUUAAGAUGAAUCAUAAAAUUUCAAAGUCUAAUGGUAUUAGCGGCUUACGACAUUUUUCGACAAAUGAGCGAAAUUCUCGAAAUGAUGGAAGUGAAAAUAUUUUUCAGGUAGGAAUCGAACUGCACGCUUCAUCUACUGUUGAAGUUCGUACCAGAGGAGAACGUUCGAGCUCAACUACUCUUCACAGUGGUGCUUUAAUCCCAGAUAUGAGUAGGAAUUCUGGCGCAGCCCCGCUCAUGGCAACAGAGAGUUUACAAAUUGGCAAAGUAGAUUUGGGAAAUAAGUACCAACCGGUCGAUUCUUGGAAAGAGUUACCGUCGUUGGAAAUGAAUGAAAAAUCGCACAUGAAUGCACUUGGAAGGAAAGUAACGGUUAUGAACGAAAGCGGCCCCGUUGGUGACACUGUUGGUGAGAAUGAUGGGCACAAUUUUGGCAGUAAUAAUGGUGACAGUAUUGGUGGCAAUACUGCUAAUAAUCCUUGUAGGUCACCGCUACCCAAGAAGCUAAAGCUCAGCUUGAAACGCACUUCGCCCAAAGACAAAAGAACGCUUCCGAUGAAAACAAAAGACAGUGGUUUAUCUUUUCACGGGAGGAAAUCGUUGAACUUAAAUAGCUCAAAAACGCUUAGCCUUAUUUCAAUGAAUGACAAUUCCUGCGGAAUGAACAUAGAGAAACUAGUGGUGAAUUCGUCAUUAAGGGCCAUGGAAUGUAGCAGCUCAGAGACCUCAGUGAAACCGUCUUCAAAAACAAGCAUGGCUCUCAAUGGCUCAUCUCUCGACCGCGAGGAACCCUUGGCGAAUUCCUCUAAUUUACGAACUGAAAACGGAAAUGUUGUAGCUGUAAUGGAAAGUGAUGAUGAAGAUGAAGAUGAAGGAGUCAUCCGCCCUGUAGGAAAGGCAAUUUUUCGGAGAAAGAAAGCUUUGUCCAGUCCCUGUUCCAAAGAGUUUAGAAAACCGGCCAGUCCUGAGAAAGAGAAAGGCAAUCAGCGCGUCGUUUUGUCGUCAUGCAAUCCACAGCUAGGAUCAAACAGCGAUGACGAGUUUGAAACCGAUAAAUCAGCUCCAAGCCGACCUGACACUGGAAAAGCACCUUCUGUCACAGUCAGGGCUCGCAAGAGAAAUUCUCUUGAAAUCGGUGGGAAGCAACGUUCGCGAAAGUCAGUUUCCCCUCUAUCAAAGAAAAACAACAGAUUUCGGAAAAAUCACUACCUAGACGACGAAGCUGAAUUAUCAGACAGUGACAUCAACGACUUCUCGUCCGAUGAAGCAGACAACGGAGAUGAGGAAGAGGAUGAAAUGGAUAGCUUCAUAGAUGAUGCAACUCAGCUGACUCAAAGAACUCCUUCGGCAGCAAAACAGCGCCUCGCUAGCUCGCCCGUGGACAUGAUGGCGGUCUAUAGACAAUCCUUACGAAGUCCUUUUGGCGGCGCCUUAAAAUUUCGAACGCCUUUGUUCCAUAAGCAAAGAAAUAAGUACAAAAUGGUCUAUAAACGCGGAAAUGUUGAUGAUGACAGCCAAUCUGAAGCAGAAGAAACUUACGAAUCAGAGAGCGUUCUUGAAAACGAGGUCGAAUCGGAGAAUGAAAACGAAGUAAGAAUGGAGCAUGAAACCGAGAUUGAAAGUUGUCAGAGGAACGGUCAGGUAUGCGCAGACGCGUCUUUCGAGCAGAGCCAAAUCGGCCGUCCAGUGAAACUCAUGAAGCGAAAACGAAUUUUAGAUAACAGUAUUGACGGAGAAGUUUCACCCAAACUGAGCAAGGUUAAUUCGUUGGAGGAGAAACCAAAACCCAAUACUACGCAAAAAAGGGUGACAAACCAACAGAGAAGCUGUGCCUUUGGGAAGUUUUCAAUCGAGAAAAUCGGAAAUGGGAAGACAUUUCACACUAACUCCAUCAAAUCGUUUGACGUUGUGGCCGAGAAAAUAGAAUUUCAAAGGAGCGACUCGUCUCUAAGGCGGCCAGCGGGGGGUAAGGGGAGUAUGCGCAAAUCUGGGGCGUACGUUGAUGACUGGACCAACGAUGUUACUGACAAUGAUUUAUUGGUCGCUCUUGACGACAGAGAUGUGCGGGCUCCGCAAAGCGCAAAGGCUAAAAAGAAUCUUUUAAGCGACCAAUUUAAAAGUGAAGCCUUGAAUGGAGUUGAAGUUGCCAUGGAUAUGACAGAUAAUGGCGUUGCCAUGGAUAUGACAGAUAAUGGCGUUGACAUGGAUAUCAAGGAGGUUCCAGAUUUUUCACUUGGUUUUGACUUUUUAUGGGAAGUGGUUUAUGCAAAUCGUGGAAUUACAGAAAACGGCGACUCGUCAAAAGACAAGUCAGCAAUACUCAAGAAAAGUAAUGAAAUCUCAAAAGAUAGCUUCACCAAGAUAAAGCAGUUUUCAAACCAGUCCUCAGCAAAAUGGUACCAGCUGCCAAUUGAUCCACAGACGAGGAAUAAAGGUUUCGUUGAGGUUGUUCCACGUCCAGCCUCCAAACAAUUAGUUGUACCAUUGAACGUCACAAACUCGCAAAUCUGUAACGACAGAACAGUCACUUCUGGGCAAAGACACACUUUGAAAACUCCUCUUACGCCGCAGAACAAAAGUUUACUGCGUGAUGGUGGUCAGCGUCCAGCUGUUAGUACACAUGCGAAGUUACAAGUUGUAACCCCUUCAUGUCAACCUAAUAAUGUUGGUCCCAGACCAGCGAUUAGCCCUCUACUCACGUCUUCGCAGAAAGACAAGGGAAAAACGGUUAUUCUAGUAGACGCUCGGGAAAUCUCCAGCUCUCAGGUGGUGUCAACUUUACGCCUAAAGCACAACAUCAAGGCGGAAGUGUGUCGGCUGACCAGUUGUGAUUAUAUUGUCAGUAACAGGAUGGCUGUAAAGAGGAAAACAGCUUCUGAUGUUGCAAGUGGAGCAAACAGUCAGAAGCUUGUGGAGUGCAUACGCAGAAUGUGUGAUCUGUAUGACAGGCCUUGCUUGAUUAUUGAGAAAGACCGCGUGAAACCUGGAGAAACAGAGAAAAACUUCAUUAAAACCAAAGCAUACAUUUUCACCUUGGCUAGCAUUGCGCAGACUCACGUCAAGAUGGUAUUCAGCGACUCUCAAGAGGAAACUGCCCGCCUUCUAACGGAUCUUGCCGCUGUUGAAACUAAAAAGGGAAUGGAGAUUACGGCGUCAACUACUCUGAACAAGGAGCGUGAACAGGUUUUCCGUGUUGUGGCAAGCAUUCCACGUGUCAGCUAUGUUUCAGCCCUUAAUCUGUGCUCAUCAUACAACACACUCGGCGAAAUCGUGAACAGCACACCGGCGGAGCUGGAAAAAAGAACUCCUGGCAUGUCAAGUCCUCGCGCUGCCGAGAUUCACAAAUAUCUUCGACACAAGUUUAACUCCAACAUGAUAUCAGUAAAGAAAUAAAUGAUCAGGGCGUUUAGGUGGCACGGCGCCUCUUUCGGUCUGAAAUAAAGAACGUUAAGAAUGUAAUGGAUAUAUCUCCCCGCUCUUGACAAACAAAGUAUGAAAGAAAGAACAAUUUAUCUAAUGAAAUGGAAAUUAUAAAAAAUAAAGAGAU